GUUUGUACAAUUAUAACGCACUCUAUGAAAAAUUGGUGAAUCGUUACAAAAGUGACUUUUUAUCUCUGAGUUGUUAAACAAGAAGUGAAUUUAAGAGAAAUAGCGAGGACAGAGAGAGUGAAUUCACGGCGAUGGUGGAGUUGAAACUCGUAGUAAAUCUAUUCUGGUUUAGCGUAACUUGGAUAAGAGAUGUAAAUUAUGGCGCCACUUCUUCCAACUUCACAUCGACAUUACAAGUCGUCCAGGACAAACGACAGUAAGAGAAUUAAACGCGACUUUGAUCCCCGCAGUAAACCACAAUCAGCUAAUUUUAUGACACGCUUUGCAUCCAACAACACGGGAUUGUUAUGUCUUUUCGGCAUUCUUGUCCUGCCAAUCCUCUUGGGCUUCGCCAUCGGCUACCUCUUAGUAGUCCUAGGAGUCAGCGCCUACAAAAAGAUAACAGGGAAAAAGUCACGUGCGCUUACCGCGAAAGAAGCCUCGCAAAAAAUACAACUCGUCAUGGGAGACAAGAUUGUAGACUCUUCUUUCCCUAAAACUGUAUCUUUGAACGUUCAAGAGACGAAAAACCGUAGUUUUCCCUGUCCUCCUACAAGGUACUACUACCAUCGACUGUGUAACUAUUCUAAUGAAAUUGUAAAUGGCGAUUCGACUACAUUCAAUGACGAAAGCUCUGUCUCUGGAGACGAGACUGAUCACAGGUCACGUGAGAAAGUGACGGUAUGUACCCCGGAUGUUCAAGAAUCUGAUUCUAGUACACAUGCGUCACUUGAAGAUAACUUGGACAAGACUGAAGAAGAGGUGUUAAGGGAAGACAGCAGUUUUAAACAGGACAAGGAUUCGGGUUUUUCUGGGGAGGAAAACAGUCCUGGGAAGAGAAAGAAAGGGAAUUCUAUUCCCACAUCCACACCAGAAAAGGGGCACUUAGAUUUGCCAGAUAAUAACCCGAAUGCGAUGAACUUGAAAGAGAUAGGUCUCAUAGGAGAAGAUCAAACACCAUCGCCUGAUAACGUGGAUGGAAAACUUGGAAAGGUUCGGUUUGCCCUUCACUACAAUGUUGCUAAAACAGAACUUCAAGUGAACAUAAUAAAGGCCAUGGGCCUUCCUAUAACUGAUAACAAGGAAGGAAUUAACCCACUGGUGAAGAUAUCGCUACUACCACAGCAGUUCUGCUGGCAAAGAACAAAAAUCAUCGAAGGAACACCAGAUCCUGUUUUCAACGAGACUUUUGUUAUUUCAGGUUUUUCAAAGGAUAGGAUCAAAGAAUACGAGUUGAAGUUCAGAGUGGUGAACUUUCACGACAAAUUAAAAGACCGAUAUGCAGAUGACGUCAUAGGAGAAAUACUAUUCCCUUUGUCGGAGUUAAAGUUGAUGGAGAACAGACCCUCGUUUUCGAUCACCAAGUGGCUGUACCUAUCCCCUCUACCUCCGUUCGGGAUGGAAGCCGCUGACAUUGGAGAACUCUGUGUAUCGUUGUGUUUUCGACCGAUCAGCGGUCGACUUAUCGUAACAGUAACCAAGAUCCGGGGAUUACCGAAAGCAAUUGCUGACCGUACAGACCCGUACGUGAAGCUUGUACUUUACUGUGACGGUGUCCGCUUAUCUAAGGCCAAUACGCGCGUGAAGAGACGGAGCCUCAAUCCCGUGUACAACGAAAAAUUUAAUUUCAAUAUUUCCGCUGACCAGAUAUCGCUUACAACCGUGGUGCUCAAGAUAGUGAAUCAUUCGGAGAUCAACACUAGCGGCGGGAGUUUAGGAACGGCUAUUCUUGGAUUUGAUUCCUUCGGGUCUGGGCAGGAGCAGUGGAAGUCAAUGAUCGAAUCUCCGAGCAGGCAUAUCGAAAAAUGGCACAAGCUUUACAAGGAUGUUUCCUGAGAGUUAAUAUAUCAUUAGUUAACGUCAAUACACACUCAUCUCAAAGAAUUUUCCAAACUGGUUAAUUAGGUAGUAGAGACCAAGGCCUCGUGUAACUACUGGUACUCAUUCACGGUUUAUAUAGAGAAGAGCUAGAUCGUUACUGGUAGCGUUUUCACUUCCAGGUGUAACAGGGACACAAUACAUUGCUAGCAAAGUAUCUUGUUCAGAGACAUAACAAUUCCAGUUGGCACACGUGUGACUAAGGGGAAUUUUUGGGAUGAGUGAGUCCGCUCGAGGAUUGGGAAAUAGGAAGAGAGACUGUCAUCUGAUUAGAAGUCAAACGAAGAGCGGUUGUUAGAAAGCAAUUUCCGGUGAUGAGGGCGACACGCCUAAAAAACCACAUGGGGAAAUUCAAAGAUAGAGUAAGCGAUAAUGGUCUCCAUGUUUUCUUCCUUUGAUGAAAAACGGCUGUUGUUUGAAUAUUUUUGGACUGAUGUAAUGCUUUUGUUUUUUUAUGGUUAGAGUUAUCAUCUUUAUGUUGCACGGCUUUGAUUGUGCGGCUAAACGGCUUACUUUCAAAACAACAUGCAACUUGAAAAUUACGAAAAAAAAUUACAAUCUAGUUAACAAAGACACUUGUAGCGUUAACGCAACGAAGCUGUUCUUUAAAAGUGAGCGAGAUUACAUUGCUACUAGACGUUAGUCAUGGAAUCUGUCUUACAAUUGACUUUGCUGGUGUAAUCCAGCGGGAAAUAUUAUUUGUUGUGAGGUAGUUUCCAGCCUCUCCCUAAAUGUCAUUCUUCCUCUAAAUUAUCUUCUGUGCUUAGCUGCCUAUCCCUAAUUUUACGACUAUUUUUUGGGCUUUUCCGCCGCUAUCAAAGACGUAACAGAAGAGGUAAUGUCCGGUUGAAGGUGUAAAGGAGUCGUGCAAACAAUUUUUUUUUUCCGGCUUUGCCGGUUAAACAUAGAUUUUCUGACGUAAGUCGAUGGGUAUCUGCGUCAUUUCGUGAUGAAAAAAGUCUGGGCGUAUACGUUGUUGCUUAAUCUGUUGUGUCUGGUCGCUUACUAACCGAAAGAAAAACUGUUAUCUGGCAAGAUUUAGACUAGACCAGAUUUAAAAGAAGUGCUGUGCUUUCUUAAUGUGUGUAUCAGCGUUGAUUUCCUUCCACUGAGCUAACUGUCAUGCUCAAAAUUUUCCUCCAUCGGAAGGGCGGCAUUGAACUAAUACCUUUAAAACAUACUUGCGUAUUUAAGUAAAUUGUGGUUUUUCUAUUUUUGGUUCCGUAGCUACAAACACUCGAUCAGCUUGUUUUGACAUCAUUUAUGUGGAUGUUUAUCAAAAUCAACAACGUUCGCCGAAUCCAUUAAGAUGAUUUAUUCUGGAACCAACUUAAAUACCCGAAAUGUUAUUUUUCUAGAAAUAGAAAUAAUCGAUUUAUUGACUUGUUCAGAAAGACUUCACAAAGAAGUUUGUCUCAUCAUGUUUUUUUAAAUCUUACAUGAAAAUGAAAGCCGAAUAGGUCACCAUUGCUUAUCUGUAUCUAGUUUCCUGUAGUAAUAAACUCCAGAACCUACUGUAGCAAAAGCGCAACUGAUCGCAAACAUUUAAGGAUUUGUGACAAUAUAAGGUGGAGGUAAAUUAAAUUUUUAAAUAGGGCGUGAAAAUGUACACAGAGAAGGGAGGGGCUCA